AGCCACCUACAGACCCGGAGUAAACAAACACUGCUGUCCUCACACUGUGGUUCAGAGUAUUGUUAGAUACUAUAUAUUAUAUUAACGUUAUAUUAGUUAGAUCAGUUAGCUGCAUUUUAAUGGUGUCAAGCGGCUAAUGUAGCUAACUAAAAACCGUUAAUCGCCGUUGAGAGUAAGCUAACGGUCGUUCCUGGAUCUGGCCCUAAAUUAAACUACUUAACGUGAACUAACUAACUAACUACUAAUUCAUUUGAUUAAGCUUUGUAGCACUUUUACUCCACAUUACGUUUAAUAAUUUAGUGUCCUUUCUUUCUCUGCUACAUUUAUCUGACAGCUUCCGUUACUUUAACUUUUAAAUAUGUUUGCACAGAAAACGUAAAAUACGAGGCACCGUUAACAGGUAAAAGCACCGAGAGUGGACACAGUUACAUAUGAAUGUAUCAAUAAUAGUAAUCAUAUGUAUUACUUUUGACACUCAAUAUAUGUUGCUGAUAAUAUAUUAAAGAAGUAUGUUGAACUUUUGCGAGUAAUUAAUUGAAUAAAGUUGUUUUUAUUGAGAAACCUGAACCGUUAAACGGCUAACUAACCGUUAAACCGCUAACUAACCGUUGAACUGCAGCCGCAUUGUGUCGUCACUACCUGGUUACCGUGGUUACUGGUGGAUAUUUUUAACAUUGGUGGCAGUAAAAAAAAGAAAAAAAAACAUAUAAUGUUAAGUUAUAAUUUUUUUUUAAUGUUAUCUCUAGCAUAAUGAGGUCAUUAAAAUAUCUACCUCUCAAUCUCCGUUUUUCAAACUGAAUUAAAAACAUAAUACAUGAAAUAAAAGAAUCCUCAUUAUCUAAACCGACAAACCAUCGAAGAAUAUUAUGUGACUGCGGCCCAUGUUUUUCCACACGGACAUGUUUUGGGGACGGACACAAUACAAUGGCAACCUGUCCGAUAAGCGCCGAUGCUGCCGGCGGAACAAAUGAUCCAGGAGCCGCUCCGUACGGCAACUUUAUCAACUAUUACACCUUCAACCCUCCGGAGAACCGUCUGAGUCUGAUUCCCGCCACACUGCUGCAGGACUUAAGUUCCAGCGACGGUCCGACGACCACCCUGAUCCUGGACGCGGGCUGUAACUCCGGGUGGCAGGAACUGAGUGUCGCCUUUUACAAGCAUCUGGUGCAGGAGCCUGUGUGUGAAGAAGAGUCAGGAAGGAGGAAGGUCAAGCUCCUGGGAUUUGACUUGGAUGAGAUCCUCAUUCAGCGGGCUCAGCAGACCAACCCUCUGCCCAGCAGCAUCUCCUUCAUCCCUCUGGACAUCACCGCAGACACCGGCCGGCUGCGGGAUUACCUCGACCAGCACGGCUGCUCCCGCUUCCACCUGUGCCUGUGCCUGGCUGUCACCAUGUGGGUCCACCUGAACCACGGAGAUACCGGGCUGCUGCAGCUGCUCUCUCACCUGGCCUCCAUCAGCCAGCACCUCCUGCUGGAGGCGCAGCCCUGGAAGUGCUACCGCUCCGCAGCCCGGCGGCUGAGGAAGCUGGGCCGCUCGGACUUUGACCACUUCAAGGGCCUGAAGAUCCGCGGGGACAUAGCAGAACAUGCCAGGGAGCACCUGGAGACACACUGUGGCAUGGAGCUCAUCCAGAGCUUCGGCAGCACCUCGUGGGACCGUAAGCUGCUUCUCUUCAGAAGGAGAGGACACUGAGGGAGGAGAGGUUUCAUCUGCUGCACUGGAGCUGCAGGGACUUGAUCAGGGAAGACAAUCCCAGUGAAACCAGAGAGAGGAAUGGGAGAAAGGUUGAGCUGAUUAGUGGAUCGACAUUAAUCAGCUGUGGUUAUUACAGUUUGUCUUUUUAAGUCACUUUUUAAAGCAAGCAUGCCAAAAUGGACUCAUAUGUGUGUUUAUCUUUGUCUUAAAUGAAAGUAAACUGGGUUUUUUGUUCUUGGUCAGACAAAACAACCCAUCUGAAGAAGACGUCUCAUUGGGCUCUGGAAACUGGUGAUUGACAUUUUGUUGACCACACUGUUGAUUGAUGACUGGGGGAACUGGCAGAUUAAUCUAUUUAUAACCAUUAGGGCUGCAACUAAUUAUUUCCAUUCAUGAUUCAUCUGCUGAUUACUUUCUGUAAAACAUCAGUAAACAGUGAAAACUGUCUUUUACUGUUUCUCAGAGCCUGCAGUGUCAGCGUCACUUAAAUCCAAACACAAAGAUAUUUGCAAAUUAUAUAAAUUUAUAACUUUAAAUCCUCAAACCAGAGAAGCUGCAACAAAAAUGUUUUUUUCCUGAAACAUUUAAAUCGAUUUUUAAAAUUAUUGCCAGUUAGACCAAUUGUUGCAGCUCUAGUAGAAAGGAAAACUGGGGGCUGUAGACAAAACCUUUAAAAUACAUAGCAUGUGUUUACUAGACGAUCUGCCUCAGUGCUGAUGUGUUUUAUUAAUUAAAAUGUUUGCCAGAGAUAACCCAGCUGUACUAACGGACUUUUUACUUUGUAUUUGGGUUGUUCAAAUACCGUCACCAGUACCGGGAAUUCCUCCGAUACCACCUAGAAUUCGGUAUCGGAUAUCGGCGAGUACUCGUGUCUGUGCAACGAUCUGAUACCACAUAAUUUAUUAGCCCCAAAACAUAACCCUGUUGGUUCCCAGCAGAGUCCUGUUCACCUUUUUUUGACAGCAAUCAUACGGGCCUAGUAGUAUAAUAAAAAAAUAAUGUAUGUCUAUAUCUAUAUCUAUUUUUAAUGCACAUUUAUAGGAUCAGUACUCCGUAUCGGAUUUAGAAUCAGGAAAAUACUGUAUCAGAACAUCUCUAUUUUCAUUACUGUGCAGAUUAAAUAAUAAAGUGUUUUACAUUAUCAA